AUGGCAGCUCCAAACAUCACAGUUGAUGAAGUACGGAAGAUCCUGUCGGAGGUGAUCGAAGCUCUAGAGUCCGCUGACUACGCCCCAAAGCUCGAUGAAGCCAAAGAGGCAGCUGGCAAUGAGAUGCUAAAGAUGAUGCAGAUCGUGUUUCCGAUGGUCGUGCAGAUACAGAUGGAAACUAUCAAGCGUCACGGCUUCAGUAAUACUAGAGAAGGUGAAAAUAAGCAUGAUAAGAAGUGUUGGUCAUGCGGUAUAGUCCAGUUCACUCAGCUGGUCCGUGACAUGGAGAGUGACAGUGAGGUGGCCAGGCUGCACUCCAGGAUCCGAAGCCACUACCUGCCCCCUGUGUCUAUCAGCUCCAAUGUGGACACAUCUCUGUAA